UGUGAAGAACGGUAAACGUAGUGUGCCGGCUAGUUGCUAGUAGAUGAAGAACGGGUCGCUAUUUACAACGAGAAUGUAUCGGCUAUAAGCGAUUGGUUCCUUUCACGAGGAAAUCCGUCGGUAGGCGGGUAGUCGUAGAGCGGGGGCUCUAUUGAUUUAAAUUUGGUUUGCCGGUGCGCGUGUCAAUAGUCAACACAGUGCCGCGAAGAGCGCGCGCUCAAGCAUCUAUAUACGCUUUACUGGACGUGUUUUGUGCGGAUCGAAAGGUUAGGCCCUUUGCGGUGCACUUAAUAGGAUAUGUCGACUAAUCCGAAAAAUGGAACAAAUGAGGAUGCGGAGAAUUUAAAUGGACCCAUCUGUGUCCAGAGUGUUAUACCAAAAGAAAGGCAAGAACUAUUAAAGUGGGAUGGCUGGGGAUACAAGGAUUCAGAAUUUCGCGUAAAUGAGAAAGAAAUCAUCGAAUUUACUGGCAACAGGUAUCCUAUCGGAAACAAGGAACUUCCGUACUUCACGCAGUGGGUCAAAGACGUAUUUGAUGUAAAUCUGAGCACCUAUGCACCAGCUCAACCGCCUCCAACGAAUUUACCGGAACCAAUUGUUUCGCCGGAAUUGUUGGAGGGAAUUCGAGAUCUAAAAAUCGAAUAUUCCACGAAAGGUAUCGAUCGAUUGGUUAGAUCACACGGACAUACACUUCGUGAUAUUUAUCUUUUGAGGCACGGAUCGUACAAGCGAAUACCAGAUAUUGUUGUAUGGCCAAAGUGCCACGACGACGUCGUCAAAAUAAUCAAAUUAUGUGCACGCUACGGAGCAGUUUGUAUUCCAUUUGGAGGCGGAACAAGCGUCAGCGGUGCAGCUUCUUGCCCAUCCAACGAACGGCGAACGAUAAUAUUACUGGACACGUUACAGAUGAACAGAAUAUUAUGGAUAGACAGAGAAAAUCUAGUCGCCUGCUGUGAGAGUGGUAUUAUCGGUCAGGAUCUUGAAAGGCAACUCCGACUGCAAGGUCUGACUUCUGGUCACGAACCUGAUUCUUACGAAUUUUCUAGUUUAGGUGGAUGGGUUGCAACAAGGGCGAGUGGGAUGAAAAAAAAUCGAUAUGGAAACAUCGAAGAUUUAGUUGUGCGAGUCAGAAUGGUCACCGGUAGGAUAGAUGACCCGGAAAUCACGUUGGAGAGAAGUUUACUGGUUCCGCGAGCUUCUUGCGGACCUGACUUCGAUCAUAUGAUACUCGGUAGUGAAGGUACAUUGGGUGUCGUCACAGAAGUUGUGUUGAAGAUCAGGCCAAUACCAAAAGUAGUCAAAUACGGUAGCAUAGUUUUCCCAAAUUUUCUAACUGGAGUGUCGGCGUUACGUCAGAUAGCCAAGGAACGACGUCAGCCUGCUAGCAUACGUCUGAUGGACAAUGAGCAAUUCCAGUUUGGCCAAGCGUUACGACCAGAACCUGGCUGGGGCGGUUUAAUUUUACAAGGAUUGAAACAAGCUUACAUUACAAGGAUAAAACGUUUUAAAUGGGACCAAAUAUGUGUUGCUACACUUCUUUUCGAAGGUAGCACAACUGCAGAUGUAGCGAUACAAGAAAAAAACGUUUAUAAUAUUGCCAAACAGUACAAUGGUGUUCCAGCAGGAGAAACAAACGGUGAACGAGGAUACGUUUUAACAUUUGUUAUAGCCUAUAUUCGAGACUUGGGUUUAAAUUAUUCUGUUUUGGCUGAAUCGUUUGAGACCUCCGUCACUUGGAAUCGUGCAGUUUCAUUGUGUAGAAAUGUGAAAUCACGCGUAGCUAGAGAGUGUUACGCGCAUGGUGUGAAACGGUACUUGAUUUCUUGUCGUAUCACGCAAACUUACGACUCUGGUUGUUGUGUGUACUUUUAUAUGGCGUUCAAUUAUAAGGACCUGUCGGAUCCUGUUGAAGUGUACGAGCGUAUUGAACACAAGGCGCGUGAAGAAAUUCUUGCUAAUGGUGGUUCUUUGUCUCAUCAUCAUGGUGUAGGCAAGUUACGUUCCUGUUUUUAUCCGGAUGUCGUAGGGGAAAUAGGAGUGUCCCUUUAUCGAGCAGCCAAAGCACACUUGGAUCCACAUAAUAUAUUUGCAGCCGGAAACUUGGAUCCUCAAUGUGUAUCAAAAUUAUAAAUUUAAUGCCAACAAAAUAUUGUAAUAAUUUAGAACUUAUUUCACCGGGAAUCUUUUAAGUUGAAAAAAUUACUUCUAUUGAGGGAACACUGUUAGUAAAUAACAGUAAUGAUAGACAUUGUCAUUUUACUAAUUUGUUGUGAUGAUAUAAAAAUAGCGGUAAAGGAAGAGACUAGUAUAAUAUGUAUAAAUAAAUAUGAACCAUGGUGUCGUUUGGUACAAAUACGGAAUUGUAAUUGUAUCAGCAUUUUUAUAAGUUAUUAUAAAUAAACAAGACUCGCUUA